AUGGCGGAGCCCGGGGACGACGAUUACUGGGCCCCCAAAGAUAUUGUUUACACUGCGAUUGUUGGGUUAGUCAUGUUGGCAGCCAUCCUCGAAUGGUUUCUGUGGAUUGCGGCAUUUCUAUACUGUCUCUGGAAAGUCUUCGUCAAGGCUGAGCAUUGGUCCAUCCGAGUAUUAGCAGUCAUUGUUGGCGUCUUGUUCACUUGUUUCAGAGCAAUCUUCCUCCCGAUCAUGAUAGUCACGUUGCCAUUGCCUGCUGCUGUCGUCAAGUACUGGCCAACGAACAUGGUCGAUGUGCUUCAGUGGUUCGCUUUCUGGAGUUUUGCCGGUCUUCUGACCAUUCCAUGGCUUUUCUGCGUCUAUCAGCUGGUUACCAACCAGCUCGGAAGAAAGAAGAGAAUCAAGCAGGUCCUGGACGAAGUCUCGGCACCGAAAGUCGUCAUUGUCAUGCCCGUCUACAAAGAGGACCCAGACGUUCUUGUUGUUGCCAUCAACUCCGUCGUCGAUUGCGACUACCCGCCCUCAUGCAUUCAUGUCUUCCUCUCGUUCGACGGUGACCAGGAAGACGAACUCUACUUGAACACCCUCGAGAAGUUGGGCGUCCCACUGACCUUGGAGACAUACCCCAAGAGCAUCGAUGUCUCAUACAAGUCUGCCCGCAUUACCGUCUCCCGAUUCCCCCACGGUGGAAAGCGCCAUUGCCAGAAGGCUACCUUCAAGCUCAUCGACAAGGUUUACGAGCAUUACCUGAAGAGAAACGACAACCUCUUCAUCCUUUUCAUCGACUCCGAUUGUAUCCUGGAUCCCACCUGCUUACAGAACUUCGUCUUUGACAUGGAAAUGAGUCCUGGCAACCCCCGAGAUAUGUUGGCCAUGACCGGUGUCAUCACGUCUACGACUAAGAAGCAUAGCUUGAUCACACUGAUCCAAGACAUGGAGUAUAUCCACGGCCAACUUUUCGAGCGAACUGUCGAGUCGGGGUGUGGCGCCGUCACUUGUCUUCCCGGUGCUUUGACGAUGCUUCGAUUCUCUGCUUUCCGCCGCAUGGCCAAAUACUACUUUGCCGACAAAGCAGAGCAGUGCGAGGAUCUUUUCGACUUCGCCAAGUGUCAUCUGGGUGAGGACCGCUGGCUUACGCAUUUGUUCAUGAUCGGAGCCAAGAAGCGUUACCAGAUCCAGAUGUGUACCUCCGCCUUCUGCAAGACCGAGGCUGUUCAGACAUACAGAUCACUCAUUAAGCAGCGUAGACGAUGGUUCCUUGGUUUCCUCUCCAACGAAGUCUGCAUGCUUACUGAUUGGCGUCUCUGGAAGCGCUACCCUCUGCUGGUUCUCGUUCGAUUCAUGCAAAACACCAUUCGAACCACGGCUCUCUUGUUUUUCAUCAUGGUACUCGCCAUCAUCACCACUUCUAAAAAGGUUGAUAACUUGCCAGUCGGCUUCAUUGCCAUUUCGCUUGGGCUCAACUGGCUCAUGAUGUUGUAUUUCGGCGCUAAGCUUCGUCGGUUCAAGAUUUGGUUGUACCCGAUCAUGUUCGUCCUGAACCCCUUCUUCAACUGGUUUUACAUGGUUUAUGGUAUCUUCACGGCUGGACAGAGAACGUGGGGAGGCCCGAGAGCUGAUGCCGCUACUGCCGACACCGAUACCACCGCCCAGGAAGCCAUCGAGCAAGCCAAGGAAGCUGGAGAUGAGCUCAAUAUUGUGCCCGAAUCAUUCAUUCCCGCCGCCGAGGCCAGAAAGGAGAGCAUCGCCGGCGGCAAAGGCAACAUGGGCCCUAUGGGUCGCAAGCACAGUGUUGUCCAGCCACCGUCGCAAAUCGAGGGACGCUUCGCUGCGAGGAAGAAAUCAGCUGCCGGAUUCUAUGUCAACGCCGACGACUCUCAAGUCACUGUCAACCGAUCCGGUCCUAGUGGUUUUGGUCCGGCAUGGGCAUUGCAGUCACGCGACUCAUUUGAUAGUAUGGUGUCGUCGCAGACUGCUGGCAACUCAGUCUACAUGCCUCGGCGUGUCGAGAGCAUCAUGGGUGAAGAGGAUCGCAAGAAGUACGAGCUUGCACAACAGAGCCAGUUUAACCAGUUUUUGUCCAACUCUAAGCGUUUUGGAGCUCAGACUACAGCCACUGGUCAGGUACACGAAUAUACCGACGCGGAGAUGAAGCGGGGAGGAUACCAAGAUGCCCCCGAUCCGAUGGAUAAAGGCCAGGAGUACACCGACAACGUCCGGAUGGGCGCUGUUGAUAACAGCUUCUCCGGACGACCACAGUCUGGAGAAGGUUUGCCAAGGCAAGGUAUGAGCGCAGCGCAUUCGGCCAGAGGCGGGCGCAGCCCGCUUGCGCGAGCCAGUUUGGUUCGCACUAUCCCACUCGAAGAUGUCCAGUCUGAGGGCGAAAGCUCAAGCGGCGGCAAGGACAGCCGCGACCACUCGCCCAAGAGAAGGCCGUAG